AGCGGGGGAGGGCUCUGAGGUCACAGCGGAGGAGGGUUCCACACCGUGCCCGUUCUGGGCGCACAUCCCCAGGGAGCCGAGCGGCCCCGGCAGAGCCUGCGGAGGCGGCGGUGACAUCGGGCCAUGGCUGAGGACGGCUCCGGGCAGCCCGGCGACCGGCGCCCUGGCGACUGGGUGAGGGCCGAGCAGGAGCCCCUGUGUCCCUCACAGUUUGCCCAUCUUGGAGUGGAGCAGGGCGAGCUGGAAUCAACAACAACCGCUUCACAAAGACAUGUCCUGAACUCGGCAGCCGCUCUGGGUAAGGAUCAUAGAACACCGCUGGAAUACAAAGCUCGUGUGCAGGAAGCAGGAAACAACAAUUUCCCAUUCUCUUCUCAUGACAACAGACAUGACAUAUGCAAUGCAGCUGAGUAUUUUGACUUGGGCAUGGGCCUGAGGAAGCAGGAUCCAGAGAAACAGAAGCAGAACUCCCAUAACUUCUUUGAGUGGGCCCGUGCACCAGGCAGGAGCAGCAGCGAAGGCUUUGUCACCGUUUACCAGACCUCGUUCGUGGCGGAUCAGGCCUCUGGCAAUGAGGGCUGCUGCUGCAGGCGCUACCCCAAACACCACAUCCACAGAGCCUGCAGCGAGCAGAAAGAGUGCUGUCCCCACCCUGCUCCUGAGGAGGACAGUGUCCUGCAGCCAGAUGAGACAUGCUAAUCAGCAAAACGCCUCUGGAGCACUGACCAAGCAAAUCUGAAUAUUCACUACUCAAAACAAUGGUGAAGGAAUAAACAUAUGUGUAAAGUGCACGUGGUAGUACAGCUG